ACAGGGGCAGGACUUCCGGUCCGUUUCCGCGGUACCCGAGUGAAGGGUGAAGGAGCUUUUUCAGAAGACAAGAAGGAUUCUCCUUUUGGGUCACCUACCAUUGGCCCCAUGGCUGCCAUGCAGAUGGACCCUGACCUAGCCAAGCACCUCUUCUUUGAAGGGGCCACUGUGGUCAUCCUGAAUGUGCCCAGGGGGACAGAGUUUGGCAUUGACUAUAACUCCUGGGAGGUAGGACCCAAGUUCCGGGGUGUGAAGAUGAUCCCACCAGGUGUCCACUUUCUUCACUACAGUUCGGUGGACAAAGCCAAUCCUACGGAUGUGGGUCCUCGUAUGGGCUUCUUUCUUAGCUUGCAGCAGCGAGGGCUGACAGUCCUGCGCUGGAAUGCUCUCCGGGAAGAGGUAGACUUGUCUCCAGCCCCAGAAGCUGAAGUGGAAGCUAUGAGGGCCAAUCUCCAGGAGCUGGACCAGUUUCUGGGACCUUACCCAUAUGCCACACUCAAGAAAUGGAUCUCACUCACCAAUUUUGUCAGUGAGGCCACAAUGGAGAGGCUGCAGCCUGAAAGCCGGCAGAUCUGUGCCUUCUCAGAUGUGCUGCCUGUACGACCCAUGAAGCACACCAAGGACCGGGUGGGGCAGAAUCUACCCCUCUGUGGCACUGAGUGCAAAAGUUAUCAGGAGGGCCUAGCUCGACUGCCUGAGAUGAAGCCCAGAGCUGGGACAGAGAUCCGCUUCUCAGAGCUACCCACACAGAUGUUCCCAGCAGGUGCUACACCAGCAGAGAUUACCAGGCACAGCAUGGACUUGAGCUAUGCACUGGAGACUGUGCUCAGCAAGCAGUUCCCCAGUAGCCCCCAGGAUGUGCUCGGUGAACUCCAGUUUGCCUUUGUGUGUUUCUUGCUGGGCAAUGUAUAUGAGGCAUUUGAGCACUGGAAGCGGCUCCUGAACCUCCUGUGCCGGUCAGAAGCAGCCAUGGUGAAGCACCACACUCUGUACAUCAACCUUAUCUCCAUCCUGUAUCACCAGCUUGGUGAGAUCCCUGCUGACUUCUUUGUGGACAUUGUCUCCCAGGACAACUUCCUUACCAGCACCUUACAGGUUUUUUUUUCUUCAGCCUGCAGCAUUGCUGUGGAUCCCACCCUGAGGAAGAAAGCUGAAAAGUUCCAAGCCCAUCUGACCAAGAAGUUUCGGUGGGACUUUGCCUCAGAGCCUGAGGACUGUGCCCCAGUGGUGGUGGAGCUCCCCGAAGGCAUCGAAACUGGCUAACUCUGCAAACACACGAGCUGUGAGAGGCCCCUUCCCACUGAAUGCAGCCCUGGCCUCUCCAUUCAUCUGCUCUUAUCCUGGACUCUCCAAGGCAGCAGUCUUGCCAGGUUCUGCAAAGAUGGAGCCAGAAUUCCCUCCUUCACCAGUAAAUAAAUCCCUUCAUCAGAAAAGACGCUAUACCUAUGCUAAAAGCACAUUUGUGGGUUCUCUGUUCGCCCAGUCCUUGCUAAGCUGACAAGCUUUUACAGAAUCUCCUAUGACAGACCUGCCUUGGCAGCAUCGUCAUUUCUGACAAGAAGUAGAAGUGAAAGUCCAAGAGAACUGAUCUCUUGUUCUACAGGAUGCUUAAAAAACAAGAAACCCUGGAUUGUCUUGGGAGUCUGAGAUAUCAGUGGGUGAUUUUUUUGGAAGUUAAAUGUAGGUUCACAGGGGAAGUGAAAGGUCCCAAGUUCAAUCCCCUAUACAAAAAAAAAAAAAAA